AUUUACAGCAGUGACAGGAACAGCAAAAGUAACAGCAACAACAACAACAAAAUACAACUACUACUACUUACUACCCAUAUGAAUAAUAACAACAACAAUGAAAUGCUUGCUUACAAUAUGGCUACCAUAAGCCUGAAUAAUGCCAACACAACAACAACAACAACAAAAACAAACGUCUACAACACCAUUAAUAAUAACAACAAUAAGCAUAAUAAUAACAAAAACGAAAGCAACAAAAAUAAAAAUACUUUCAACUUAGCACAACGGAAGUUAAGACAAACAACAAAAACUACUACUACAACUGAGGCAACAAUAACAACAGGAAAUUCAACAGUUUGCCAUAACAGUUCAUGUUUAAAUAAUUCUUCUUCUUCUGCUUCGUCUCCUUCAAAUACCACUUGUAUUACGUGGCAAACAGCAACAAGUUCUUGCCACAAUUUUAUUAAAUCGAAUAAUAAACGGAAUUAUAUUAACUCCACUUUGCCAUUGUUGGACUCAUUAUUUCGAACAACAAAAGCAGCAACAGCUAGUACAUCAUCCUUAACAACGUCAUCAACACAAACGUCAUUGCUGUCAGAAGUGUUUUCAUUAAAAACAACAUUUAAACAUGUUUUGUUGGCAUUUAAUUUUUAUAAUCCUAUUAGCAGCAGUUCAAUUGCAAGUUGAAUAUGCAACAGCACAUUAUGUUGCCAAUUCCUCCGCUGCUUUAGCUGCAACAGCAUCAUCAGCAGCUGGAGCUGUGGCAGCCUCAUCAGCAGUAGCCACAAUCCCAUCAGCCAUUAGCUCCACAUCCAGUUCAACAUUAAAUAACAUUUUAAGAAUCGGUGAUGGCAACAUAAUAAACAGGGAUGCCAUUGAACAGUCGCUGGUAACCAUACAUGACAUUGCCACUGAAAACUUGGGUACUUUGUGCAUUUCAACGUUGUAUCGUCCCUUGCAAGUACCCAUCAAUUCGGAGCGCUAUGAUAGUUCGAGACAAAAGGCUGAUUUGAUUGCUUCCAUUUUACAGGAAGUGGGCAUUAUAAGACAUGGAGGUUUAUCGGAUGCUUUGGCCAAAGGCUUACUAAGUGAUGAUUAUACUACGGGUGCCAGAAUUUUGGCACUUAAUAUCACCAAUGGCUCCAUACAGUCGUACGUGUGGUGGAUUAAGAAAAAUCAUGAUAAGAAUGGUGAAAUGCAACGUUUCGAAGAGGAGGGCCUGCAAAUUGGAAAGAAACCCUCACAAAUGUAUCCUUGGUUCGCCGACGAAAGCUCUUCGCCCACAUUACGUUCACCGAAAUUUGCACCCAGCCCACCGAAUAUCUACUAUAAAGGCUGGUGGACAUUUCCAUACUUUUCGUGUUCGCUCAGCAAAUGGAUAUUAUCAUACAGCAUUGCAAUACCACCGAAUGGUCGUCAUGGACUGCGCGGUUUCAUAAGUAUCGAUAUUGAUGUAACGGGUUUGCGUGUCAAUCAAUGCGAAGCACCGGUAGCGUAUCGAUUCAAUUAUCAGCAAAUACAAACGCGACGUUUGCAUUUGGUCGAUACGCAAACGAGUGAAUAUAUUAACGAUAUACAAGCUUUUCAUAAAUCGCACAAAUGUCAUCGUGAUACAAUGGUGUGCGAUUACCGCUUACCCACCUCCGAUUCACCGACAAUAACCACCAGUAAAAUUCUGGCUACACCCAACACCUGGUCACGUGGCGCCUACCAAUGCUUGUGCAGACGUGGCUUUUAUUCCAUACGCCAUCCGGAUGGUUUUAAUGGCACCAUUAUGGAGAUAGCCUGGAAGGAACAUCAGGAUAAUAUCAGCAAUUAUUAUGCAGAAGUUUUCAUUUGUCUACAGUGUGCACCGGGUUGUGACAGUUGUACUGGACCGGAGCCUUGUUUGGCUGAUUAUAAUUGGCCAUUUAGAAUAUCUCUUCUUACCAUUUCGGUGGGCUGUGCUCUUGGUUGCUGUAUUUUGGCUGGCUAUUUGUUCCAUCAUCGGCGGGUUAAAGUCUUCAAAGUGGCUAGUCCUAUAUUUUUGUUAAUUACUCUAAUUGGAUGUGCUAUAAUGUAUUUGGAGAUGGUUGCUAUAUUCCCCUUUCUGGAUACUACUUGGUGUAUUAUAACAAAAUGGACCCGACACAUGGGCUUCUGCAUUACCUACACAUCACUGUUAAUGAAAACAUGGAGAGUAUCUUUAACGUAUCGCGUUAAGUCAGCCCACAAAGUUAAACUAACCGAUCAACAACUAUUGCAGUGGAUGGUACCCAUAUUGCUGGUGAUGUUAAUAUAUUUGGGUACAUGGACAAUAUCGGAUACUCCCUAUGCAGUAUUUAUAAAUGAUGAGGCUGGCUUAAAAUUCAAACAAUGCUCUUACAAUUGGUGGGAUCAUAGUUUGGCCAUUGGUGAAGUGUUAUUCUUGGCCUGGGGCAUACGUGUUUGUUAUAAUGUCCGCAAUGCAGAGUCACUAUACAAUGAGGCGCGUCUCAUCUCAUAUGCCAUUUAUAAUAUUGCCCUGGUUAAUAUAACAAUGGUGGCACUACACAUUUUAAUCUAUCCACAAGCGGGACCGGACAUUAAAUACGCUUUGGGUUUUCUUAGAACCCAACUGUCAACCACCACCACAAUUGCUCUGGUAUUUGGACCCAAAAUAUCGCGAAUUUUUAAAGGACAAGGAGAUAAAUGGGAUCAAAAGGCCAAAGUUAGAAGUAUAACAGCAUCAUUUUCAUUAAAUGGCGUGGGAUUAGUGCCCGACGAGUCACCUGAUUUAUACCAGGAAAAUGAAGAAUUAAAGGAGCAAAUACAAAAAUUAGCCCAUCAAAUUGAAUUCAUGAAGACUGUACAUAUGCAAAUCAAUAAUAGACAUUUGAAACCCAAACCUGGAGGCUAUUUUACCAUAACCUCCACCUCGUUCCAGGCACCAUUCAGUAAAAGUAAUAUGUCUUCAACGCAAACACAAACUUCCAAAACGGGACAAGAUGACUCGCAUACAGGUUCCAUUAAUAAAGGAUUCCCCACCAACUUAACACCGACAAAAUCAAAAACAAAAUCUACCGAAAAAGUUUGACGAGGUCAACGAAGUGAAAAAGAUUGCUCAAAUGAUAAUUUUAUUUGGACUACAACGGAUCAGCCAUACGAACAACAUGGC